CUGAGGUAACCAGAGAUGAAAGCCGAGGUAGCGAUUUCAGGAAUUCUAGGGAAAGAGGGAGAAGAAGAGGCAGAGGAAAUACAAGACGACGUAGAGUAGAAUCAAUGAGAAGGCUGAUCAGCAACUUUUUGGAUGCCAACUGCCACAAAAUUCACUACCAACCAAGAGGAGAAGGCAACAAAAGAACGUUAUGGAUGCCAACUGCCACAAAACACCACCACUACCACUAACUAACUAAUUCAUCGCUGACAGAAGCAGAACAUUGUGUAUGCACAGUGUAAACAGGUGUGUAAACCAGGCACCUUACACCAGCCACCAAGAUGGUAAACCAGCUGCUAACCCAGCCCCAGGCUGUAAAGCUAGACAAAUUCAUCAAAAAGUCUUUUUACAACAUUGGGGCUAUGAUCUUUGUAGCUAUCUGCUGCGGGGCAUCUGUCCUGAUCUAUUUUAUCCUGGAGGCCUUCCUGCGCCCGCUGCUCUGGGCAGUUCUCUGUGGCACCUUCCUCCACCCGUUCAAACAUUCCCUGGCCAACUUUGGCCGUUCAUGGCUCAGCGGCCUGCAUCAAAGUGGGACACCCAUCGUGGUGGGGACCCUGUUGGCCCCCGUGUGGUGCGUGAACUAUGGGGUGGAGGCGAUGGGCAGGCUGGUGCUGGAGAAGCUCACAGUGUUUUUGGCGAUCGGAGCAGGGGUGCCGCUGGUGUUUUUGCUUUAUCAUUUUCAGAGAGUCAUAGACAUACAGAUGAUCCUCGGGCAUGUCUGUGGAAUCAUUGAGGCCAUACAGGACUGUUUCCACGCUAUAUGGGUGUGCACUGUGGUGUUUGGCUACGCUAUGACUGUUUGUUUCAAGUGGAGUCCCCAAACUGAGCGCUACCUGAAGGUUCUGGCUCUUCCUGUUUGGGUCAUCCUGAUCUUUUACAUAGCGUCUCUGACCGGCUCAGGGAGAGUGCCCAUAUUUGUGAGUGUGGUUAUUCUCCUCAUUGUUGGCUCGAAAGAAAAACCACCUGUUCCUGGCAGAGAUGGUGUUCAGUCUGAGGACUCUGAAAAUGCUGCUCCUGGGUCCCUUGAGGAUCUUUUCCAAGAAAAGAAAAGCGGCCAUAGAGCCAGUGAUAUGUACUUUAUUAUACUGGUCUGGGCCAUAGUUCUGGUUCAGUUCUGGCUCAACAUCUGGAUCCUGAAACUGCUGCCUAUCCUUGUGGCUGUGUGGACGCUAAAGAAGCUGGCAGAGCCGACUCUGUCCUCGUGGUGGACAGUGGUGGAGACGUUUGGACAUGAGCGAGAGGAGGCCCUGCUGCCUCAACCAAUCAAAGCUGUAGCUCAGUUCUUACUGCGCAUUGACACCAAGAUCAUCGUGGGGUUGGAGCGAUCUCUGGAUAAAAUCAUCAGCAUCUUCAUCAUCUUCCUCCUGGUCACAGGGACCCUGCUGAUGGCGCUGCUGCUGACUGCUAUGGUUCAUCAUGAGAGCGUUCAAAUCAUCGAGGUAACCAGUAAUCUCAUCAAUGAGACUGUGUCUAACCAUCCAGAAUGGGCAAAUUGGCUUCCGGAGGCUCACGUGGUCCAGAAGGCUAUGAAUUCAGCUGCUACUAAUGUUUAUCAACAUGGGAGAGAAUGGAUAACACACAAGCUUCGAAAGAUGUUAGGAGACAAAGGGAACAACAUAGCUAUGAUUGAAAAACAGGUUUUGGAGCUUUGGGACCGGUUGUACCACUCCUGGUUUGUGAAGAAUGUGACCCACUCUGGAAACCACCAUGAUCUUGAGAUGAUUCAGAGACAGAACAGCUGGUUAGUGGACAUUCUGGACUGGAAGGAUUUUGCCUCAUUCCUACAGGAAAAUAUUGAGACUCUGCUCUCUAUCCUGGAGUCUCUGUGGGUGGUCAUGAGCAGGAACCUCAGCCUCCUCAUCUCCACAUCCACCACCCUCUUCACUGUCUUGUUCUACAGCGGCACAGCUCUGCUUAACUUUGCCCUGAGUGUGGUGAUUUUUCUCACCAGUCUCUUCUACCUCCUAAGCUCCAGUGGUGAAUAUUACAAACCUGUGAAAUGGGUGAUCAGUCUGACCCUCCUGUCCCAGACUGGACCCUCCUCCAGUAUUCUGGGUCAGUCUGUAGAAGAGGCUAUCAGAGGAGUUUUUGGCGCCUCUCUGAAAAUGGCCGGCUUCUAUGGCCUCUACACUUGGCUCACUCACACCAUCUUUGGCAUCAACAUCGUCUUCAUUCCUUCUGCUCUGGCUGCCAUCUUGGGUGCGGUGCCGUUCCUGGGAACCUACUGGGCGGCGUUGCCGGCAGUGUGUGACCUGUGGUUGGCGCAGGGCGAAGGCGUCAAGGCCGUGCUGCUGCUGAUCUGCCAUCUGCUCCCCACGUAUUUUGUAGACACGGCCAUCUACUCUGAUAUCUCUGGUGGUGGACACCCAUACCUGACAGGACUGGCAGUAGUGGGAGGAGCCUACUAUUUGGGUCUGGAGGGCGCCAUCAUUGGUCCCAUCCUCCUCUGCAUCCUGGUGGUGGCAGCCAACAUCUACAGUGCCACGAUGAUGAACUCCAGCAGUCUGACCUAAAACAUGGAGCAGUCACGUCACAUUGACCUUUAUGAGCAGUGAUGGUGUGAUGACGUAUGAAAAAUGAUUUUGAAAUGUUGAGUAAUGUUCUUCUUUAUGUUGUUUCGGAAUUUAGAGAGGAAAUAUUUUCUUCCAUCGUGUGCACACUGGCUCCGUUUAUAGCUAAAACAUCAGAAAGAAAUAGUAACGCACAUUAAGUCAAAUUAUAGUUAUUUACUUGCAUUCCUGAACCCAGUGGGUAUAAUAAGGUGAAUUGUGUUUGUUAAAUAAAUAACAAUAACAUAUUUAGUUUUAAACAAGUUUUUGGAAGAUUUCUUAAAUCUUUGUUUUGUUUUUGUGACCGGUCGUAAUAAAUGUGUUAAGCACUGUAUACAUCACACACCUGAGACUUGAUGGUAAAUUAAAUUGUGA